UUGACGGAGCGCGGCUCGAGCCCCGGAUGAGCGCGCGUAUUGUUCGGGUACAGUUCGUUUCUCUCUGUCGGUCUUGCGCCGGUUCUGACUCAAACCCAACACAUACAGUCAUAUUCACUGUUCAGUACGAAGUCAGACGAUGAUUAUGGGGACUGACAAGUCUUAGAGGCGACCUGCGAAUGACAGCCUGCAUCUGAGUUGAUCUCAGAAAGCAAUUGCAGUCCUGCUGCAUUUGCGUGUGCACAUUGUAAUGAGCUGGGCUGCAGAAGACUGGACCUCGGGGCUUCCCGGGCCGGUCUUAAAGAAAGUUCAGGAGCUUCAAGGACAAAAUGAGAAGCUGAUCCGGGAGAGACAGCAGAGACAGCUCCAGCUGGACAACUCGGAUGCAGCGCUACACAAACAGAAGCAAAAGUAUGAAGAGGUUCGUGUGGAGCUGGGAGCGGUUCAGAGGGAGCUGGUGGGAGUUCGAGAGCAGACGCAGGGAGAGGCACGGGUCAGGGAUCGCCUGACCCAGGAUCUACAGGCCAAAGUGGCUCAGGUGUGCACUCUAGAGGGCCAGCUGGACUCAACAAGGACACUUGUGCAGAACCUUACACAGGAGGUAAAACGGCUUGAGGCAGAACUGGAAAAGCUGCAAAAAGGAACUGUCCUAGCAGACUCCAUGCUGUUUUCCACACCCUGCUGGAACAUGAACUCACCCUGGGACCAAAGCGGUAGGAGCAGUCUCAGAGGAGAGGAUGUAGGCAAAGCCCGACAACAGCUACUGUUUGGAGAUAGCACCAAGUCCUCAGCGGGUGCCGUUUCAUCUCCGUUCCCUCAGCAACCACACAGAUCGCCGCCUCUUAGGCGCAAAAUCAACCAAUCCGAUACUCGUCCCCCAUCCUCGAUGUUUCCGUGGGAACGGGAUGAUGCAAGGUCCACUCCCAGGGGCAAAGCAGCAUCCACCCACACCUCUUCCUUCAAUAUCAGUGAUGUCAUUACGGACGCUGGUGCACGUGAUGAUGGAAUUGAGGAAGCACUGAGGAAGGAGAUAGAUGGGCUGCGUGUACGCAUUUCUGGGUUGCAGCAGGAGUUGCAGCUGGAAAAAGAGUGCUGCAGGGAGUCCGAGUCUUGCCUCGCUCAAGUUAGGAAAGAGUUCAACUUGAACGAGCAAAAUCUGACGCGCUCCAGAGAUGAGUUGGCUCGUGCACAAACGCGCAUCACACAGGAGGGGGACAGGGCUCAGGCAGCCGAACAGCGGGUGAAGCACUUACAGGAGGAGCUGAAGUGUCAGAGGCAGAAUGCAGAAACUAGCCGCUGCAAUGCCGAGCAGCGCAGGAAAGAGAUGGAGAGAGAGCACCAGAGAGAGCUUUUAGAGCUGCAAAGGGAGAGGCAGUCUAUGGAGAAGCAGCACCAGCAGGAGGCUACCAGACUCAACCAAGAGAUCCAGCAAGCCAGGACACAACACAACACACUACAGUCACAAUAUGAUAAACUGGUUUUGCAGAAGCAGGCUGUAGAAAGGGAUCUGGAGGGAGUGCAGGGCAACCUAAAAAGCACACAGAGUGAUCUAACAGAGAGCCAAAAGCAGGAGGCUCAAACGCAAGGAAAACUCACGGAGUCACUGAAGGAAAACGAGGGACUGCGUAUAUCACUGGAGCAGUUAAAGAAGAGAGAGAAAAGCCUAGAAGCAGAGGUCAAAAGACUUAAUGAGGAGUUGGCUGAAGCACUGAAACUAAUUAAAGAGCUGCAGGCCAAACUUGCAGCUCCACCAGUAGUCUCUUGUCCAGUUGCUGGAGAUGGUUUUAGCCCUGUUCCAUCCACUUAUUCCAGUUACCCUCCACCUCACCAGCAGUUGUCCCAAAGAAAGAAAAUGUUAAAAACUGAGAGACCAAAAAUAUCAGGCAGGCUGGGGCCCGUAGCCUACCCUUCAGAGAGAGAACCUGGUGAGGGGAUUGACUCUGAGCAAAUCGGCACCUUUGGUUCUGAAGACUCUCCACCAUUAAGCAUCAAUGUACAAGAAGGGAAUCUGUGUGGAGCAGAACGCUCUAGUGAGGCAGAUAUGGAGAGCUCUAUUACUGAGCAAGACACAGGGAUUGAAGAUACAGACACAGACUCAUGCAUGUCUGAUUCAAUCAGUGAGCGUGUGUUUAAAGAUGAUGGCCGUUGUGAUUCAGGAAUUCAAAAGCCAAGCUCCUCAAAUCAGGGACAAAAAAAAGACUCCUCUUCUAUCAUGGAGUUAAAGAAAGAGAAUUCAGUUCUUCGGGAUGAGCUCAGGGACAUUAAGCGGGAGUUAGAUCAACGCCUCGAUGACCUUGAGGCUCAAAGACGAGCGGAAGCUGAGGCUAAGACCAAAUUGAAGCAACUUAGCAAAAAGCACUCGAGCCAAGUAGAGCAGCAUCGCACAAAGGCCCAGGAGCUUAAAGACAAAGGAAGCAAACUAGAAGCACAGCUGGAACAAGAGAGGAAAGAGAGUGCACAACUGAGGGAAGUGGUAACUAAUUUAGAGACAGAGGCUGAAAAAAGAAAGGAGGAAAUUAAGAGAGAAGAGGAAGAAACCAAAGAGGAGACCAUCAAACUAAAAGAAGCCUUGGCACAGAUGGAAAGAAGGGAGGAACAUCUUAAAAAAGAGCAAGAGGAAAUGCGCAAGGAACUUGAUGUGCUUCAGUCUGAACUUUUGCAGGAACGUGAGGAGAGAGAGAGGGAGCGAGAGAUGGAGAAUAAACUACGUAAAACUUGUGAAGUGGAAGGACUAAAGAUUGCAGAACUUCAAGCAGAGUUGGACCGGCUGCAAAGUUCUGCCACAGUGGAGGACAAGAAUGUAAACACUAACAUGCCUUUCACCUAUCUGCAGCUUGGAAACCAACCAAACAUCGCAAAUGAUGUUACAGCAUUAGAAAAUGAGUUUACAUCUUCUCUAAAUGCUAACAUUUACUUCUGUGAAUCAGUGAACCUUCAAAACACUAUUUUUUCUAAGGAAACUUGGACAACAGAACAGGACACCACUUCCACAGGAAAUCUGGAGGAUCACACAAAGACCACUGAAGGUGGCAGCUUGGAUGACACUACUGUUUUGGUCUUGGAGGUGGAACGUAUGCGAGUACAAAGAGACAGAGAAACAGAAAGAGCAAAAAAAUUCCAAAAAAAGUUGGAGGCUCUUCAGAACCAGGUAACUAGUCAGACCCAGCAACUAACACUAGCAUUUGAUAAUCAGAGCAAACACAUUGAGGGCCUUUUAAAGGAGCUACAACAAAGAGAUGGUGCUCUCCAGAGGCAAGGAGAGGAACUACAGAGCUGUCAAAUAGAGCUUGCCUCACUCAAGGCAGAUAAACAAAUGACUGAGUUGGUCACCAGCAUGACCUCAAGUGCUGAGAAUUCUGCUGAGGUUUCUGCAGAGCCAUCUUGUGAUUUAGCUAAUAGCACCGAUACUUUAAAUACCUACGAAGUGGCUGAACAAGAAUCUCUUGACACUGUGGAAAACAAACCACUACAGACCGAUAAGCAGUCCUUUACAAAUGUAGAAGUUGGAGAUCGACCUGGAUGGAUGGAGAAUGUUCCUUCAGAUGCUCCUUUAGAUAAGACAAAUAUAAGCCAUGUGACCUUAACAUCUACAGAUGUUGAGGAAAGAGAUUCUGAGCAGUAUACUAAAAACACUACUGAAGAGAAAUUAUUAGAACUACAAACUACUGCUCAGCAGGACAAUGGUCAAGUGACUGAAACUAAUACAGAGAAUGCACAGAGUUCUGUUUUAUUUGGUUUCACUGAAAACAUAGAAUUACCAGAAAAGCUUCAUUCCACAGACAAAACGGGCACACUGAAGAUAGUAAUAAACAAAUUGCAUGAAGCACAGAAGGAGCUGUAUAAAUUAAAGUCCAAACAUUCCCAACUGACUUUGCAGCUGCAGGAAGUUUCUAGGCAGGAUUUCUUGUCCCUCAAGGAAGAGCAUGAACAACUGAAAUUAAAACUGAAUCUAAUUGAUCACGAACCAUGUUGGACAGAAACAUUUUUAAAACAAGACGAGUCAAAUCAUUUGACAAACACAGAAGAGUGUGUUACUGUGUCAAAUCGGGAAGAGGACGAUGUAAUUGGUGGUAGUUUUGAAGACAGAUGUCAAAAAUGUGGACAAGAGACUGGAAAUGAGACUUCAGCACAAGUUCACUCUCUUCAUUGUCAGCUUCAGGUCCUGCAGAGUGAACUUCGGCACCUUUCUAAGAAGAACAGAGACCAAGCUGAACAGCUGCAGCUUUGGAGAGUGUCUGCCAUGGCCUCUGAGGAUUCACUGGAUCAGAAAAACAGCGGGAGCCCCAUAGUUGUAGUUCGUGAGGAACAGCUUGUCCUCUCAUGCAACGCCACUAAACUACACUCCGACAUGAAACUGAGCAGUAGCAUAGUUCAGCAUGAAGGUCUUUCCCAGCCAAUAAGCUAUAUUGAACCUAGCACUGCAGACCAUCAAAAAGAUCAUGAGACUUCAGAAAAAAGCCCAGAGGACUUGCCAUCAAAACUUAAAGCAAUGGUGCUAGUUGCUGAUGAUGACAGUGCAAUAAAUGAUGUAACUAAUCGCCUUAAAAUGGAGAUCAAACCUGUGAAAUGCAAGAAUGCAUCUCCAGACGUGUCUUCUGAAAUGGAAAAAUCUGUUUCCCGGCAUGAUUUAGCUCAUCAAAUUGAACAAACGGGACCAGACGAGGAUUGGCAACCUACAGGCUCGCCAUAUGAAAUCGCUUUCACACCAGAAAGCCGAGAGGAUGGUUUAAUGGGAACUGGAUUAUUGACCGAAAUAACAGAUCUCAAGCUUAAUAUAGAAACGGUGGAUGGGAAAGAUUCUAAUCUGAAUUAUGAUGAGGUUGUAACUGCCAUGCUAAGUGGGAAAUUUCCUAGAAAUGUGACCAUGCGAGAAAAUAAACACUCUUCGGCUCCAGAAAGUCAGACGUCAAAUUCUGUCCGAAGAGAGGAUAAUGCUGUAGACCAGCAACAAAUAUCAGAAUUCGCUUGGAUCACGGGUGGUAUUGACAAUGCAGGUAUUAAAGAAGUUAAGAGUGUGUGCACUCAGACAAUAGAGUGCAACAGGGAAGAUGUGAAGGACUUUGGAAGCCGCCAUCAGAGCCUACUUGUCCUCCAUGUCAGCACCCAGACUACGCAGAGUGAGAAACAGGAGGAUAAGUGCACGGAAUCGCAGGCUCUCUCUUCUGCCCUUGCAUCAGAGACAGAAAAGCUCCUGUUUUCCGGCUCAUUUCCAAUUCCAGCUAAUCCAGCUCACCUGGCCGAACGAAUUAGGCGUGGCCGUGGCCGCAUGUCUGCAGCAUAUGAUGACACCGAGUAUGAACCUUAUGGCCUGCCUGAGGUUGUCAUGAAAGGUUUUGCUGAUAUUCCCAGUGGUCCUGCUUGUCCAUAUGUCUUACGUAGGGGACUUUUGGGCACAGAUGCUUUACCCAUCUCACUCAGAGAGUCUUCACUAACAGAGGCUGAGGAAGAAAUUGACCCAUAGCUAUUUCAUAGGAUUGCAUGAAAGAUUUGAAGCUGCCAUUAAUGGCCUCUGCUCUUCAAAGGGAUUUUCAUAGUCAUUUCUGCCGAUUUCACAGUCUUUUAAAGGACAAUCAAGUUCUCCUAGAUUGUGUUUACAUCCCUUAUCUGAAAAGCAUGUCCUUUGAAGCAGAUAUGUUUACAGAUGAGCCUGCUAGCUUUCAUUUUGAAACACUUGAAUAUUCUUUUUCAUAUUUUUCCCCCUUUUUUUUUUUUUUUUUUUUUUUUUUUUUUUUGCACUGUUAUAGAUUGAUUAUAAUUGUGGUACGGUAGAGGUUGGAGCUGUGUGUGUGCGCACACUCGUGUUUGUGUACCAAGUAUAUGACUCAGAACAACCUGGGUCUGUUUCCGCUCCAUGUAUGGUGAUCUGUGAAGUGUGUGUGCACACACUCACUAUUCAGUGCUUGGUUGAUCUUAGUUCAACUAGAGAUUUAAUUUCCUUUCGUAUAAGAAAGAUUUUCUGGCUUUUUUUCUCUUUUUUUUAAUUAGAUUAAUAUAUUUAAAUGAUUUUCCUAAGUUUUUGUAAUAUCUAUUUUGAGUUUUAGUUGUCAUGUAAACAAGGAGCAUUAGCAAUGCUGAAUGAUAUAAAAUUUUAUGUUGAGUUUACUUGGGAUAUUUUGAAGGAUAUGACUUUAUGUGUAAACUUUGUCUUUGAAGGACUUGUUACUUGUAUUGAGUUAGGGUUUCUCCCCCUGUUUGGUCAAUCCUAUUAAAAAUGUGGCUUUAAAAGUG